AUGGCCGAGGGUCACGCCCAGAAUAAAGCCAAGCUCGUCGCCGAGACCCGCCGAAGGUUCGAAGCCGAGUAUGUGACAGAUAAGCCAGAUAAAUAUGAUCCACGUGAUGUUGAAAGGCUACAACAAGAUGAUAACUGGGUUGAAAGUUACUUAUUUUGGAGACAUGAUGCUGUAGACGAAACAUUGAAGAUGAUCGAUGAGAGCUUUCAGUGGCGGAAAGAAAUGGCGGUCCACGAUCUGACUGAAGCCUCUAUUCCCAAAUGGUUACUGGAAAUUGGUGGUAUUUACCUCCACGGUUAUGACAAAGAAGGCAACAAGUUGCUGUGGAUCAGGGUGAAGUAUCAUGUAAAAGACAAUAAAACCAUCCUGGACAAAAAGAAGCUCAUCGCAUUUUGGCUGGAGCGUUAUGCGAAGAGAGAAAAUGGGAAACCCAUCACUGUGAUGUUUGACCUGUCAGAAACUGGAAUCAAUAGCAUAGACAUGGAUUUUGUACGCUUUAUCAUCAACUGCUUUAAGGUUUAUUACCCUAAAUACCUCUCAAAAAUAGUGAUCUUUGAUAUGCCUUGGAUAAUGAACGCUGCUUUCAAAAUUGUGAAAUCCUGGCUCGGUCCAGAAGCAGUGAGUUUGUUGAAGUUUACAAAUAAACAUGAAGUCCAAGACUAUGUCAGUGUCGAAUACCUGCCUCCCCACAUGGGUGGAACUGAUCCUUUCAAAUACAGCUACCCCCCUCUAAUAGAUGAUGACUUCCAGACACCGCUGUGUGAAAACGGGCCUAUCGCCAGUGAGGAUGAAGCUUCGAGCAAGGAAGAUACAGAAAGUGAUGGCAAAGAAAUCUUAGAAGCAGUUUUUAAUGAAGAACAAGUAGCUGGUCUGAAAAAGAUUAACCUAACUGAAUCUACUUCCAAAGCAGAAGAAAAUGAAAAAGUUGAUUCCAAGACUAAAGCUUUCAAAAAGCCAUUGAGUGUAUUUAAAGGGCCCUUAUUACACAUCAGCCCAGCGGAAGAACUGUAUUUUGGAAGUAUAGACUCUGGAGAGAAGAAAUCUUUAAUCGUGUUGACAAAUGUAACUAAAAACAUAGUGGCGUUUAAGGUGAGAACAACCGCACCGGAAAAAUACAGAGUCAAGCCUAGCAACAGCAGCUGUGACCCUGGAGCAUCAAUUGAUAUAGUUGUGUGUCCUCAUGGGGGCGUUGCAGUCUCUGCCCAAGACCGGUUUCUGAUCAUGGCUGCAGAAAUGGAACAGACAUCUGGCACAGGCCCAGCAGAACUGGCUCAGUUCUGGAAAGAAGUUCCCAGGAGCAAAGUGAUGGAGCACAGGUUGAGGUGCCAUACUGUUGAGAGCAGUAAACCAACCAGUCUAACAUUAAAAGACGGUGCUUUUAACGUGUCAGAUAAAACCAGUGAAGAUAUGUGUCUACAGUUUGCCAACUCCAGACGUGAAAAUGACUGCAGUCCACCCUAA